AUGUUUGAGGCGCCCCAAAACUCCCCGCACCUCGGCGGCGGAAACCACCUUUCCGGCGGAAAUCACCUUAUCGGCGGAAGCCGCCUGAGCGUGGAGCAGGCGCUGCUGCUCAACAUGUCCCGCACGGAGGCGGAGAUGCGCAAAGUCGUGAUGGAGCGCGACGUGCUCCGAGAGGAGGUUGCGCGCAACCAGGCGGCGUUGCGCCAGCUUUCCGCGGACAAGUCUGCGCUAGAGGAGCGCGUGCGCGCGCUGGAGAGCACCGUGCGCGGGCUCGAAACCCGCGCGCGCCAGCUCGCGGGGGACAAGGGGCAGCUCUCCGCCGAGCGCGCGCAACUUUCCGCGGAGCGCGCGGGGAUCGAGUCGCUCGUCCGCGCCGCGAAGCAGGAGGCGUUCUCGCAGGCAGUGAGUCAGAUCCACGUGGCGCUCAGCUGCGCGCCGAUUCCGCGCGGAAUCCGCUUCGCGCCUGUCGACGCGGAGGUCUUCCAGUACCUUUCGCGGAAGGUUCGCGGCGAGGUAGAGGACGUGGGUCUAGACCGGCUCCUAGUCCAGAGAUUAAGACGCGUCGCGGACUGCGAUGGACUAAUUCCCGAAAUUGAGCUCCUUAAGUUCCCCCGGCCGUGGCACCUUCCCGGAUUAGACGUCUCCCCAGACGGCAAGGGCUUGACGGGUUUCUUUUUCGUCCGUCCGGAAUGGCGGCCGAACGAGCGGCGCAGGCGGAGAGAAGCGGAUAUGGCGCCGUCCGACCCGAAGCCGCCCUGCUGGAAGGAAUCAUGCCAGCCCACGCCGUUCGCGGAUCUUGCGCCGAGCCUUGGCGCAUCCAUUGGGGCGGGGGGAGUGUGCGCGAGCGGAGUGGCAGGAGUCGGGGGGACUUUUCUUUUCCGCCCCGAGCGCCGGAUGUUUCGUUUUAAGCUGCCCGGGACGCGGGAGGGGCCGGCGGGGGAGAAGGAGAAGUGGAAGAUGUACGAAUACACUCUAAAAUCGGACCUGGAGAUGUACGAAGACAAGCGAAACGGGUUACCCGUGUGGGUGGUGUGUAAGGUCCUGCUGAACCAAUGGCUCGCCGCUAUGCCUCACCCUUCGUCCCAAUCCCUUUCUGCCACGUCAGCGUCAUCCCUCACAACAGCUUCACCUCAAGCAGGGGCAUCGCCUCCAUCCCUCCUGGCUGCCACGUCAUCCUCGUCCACGUCAGCCAUCCAGGUGACAUCAGCAACGGGACAGGUGUCAUCCACGGUCCAAGUCACAUCCUCCGUGUCUGUAACUGCAGCAGGUUCGGGAGCUGCCGAGCCGGUUGCCGAGCCUCUGGCGAUGCUGACCAUGGCUGCCGCCAAACGUCUACUGGAGGAUCGGCUGGUUCGGCACGUGGGGAACAUCAGCGGAAGGAAGCUUCUUCUGCUUCCGGAGGUGGAGGGGCGAGAAGCAGUUGCUGCUACUGCUCUCACCACCACCACUGCUGCCGUCACCGCUGCCCCCGCCGCUGCCACCGCUCCUGCUGGUCUUGCUGCUUCUGAUUCUCCUGCUGUUGGUGAGAGAGCGGGGAAGAGGGCCGGGAAUGAAGAGAGCGGGGAGCAGCAGAGGCCGUAUUGGCUGCGUCCCCCGUCCUGGGCCCGAGCACUGCCGGAUUCCUAUUGGGAUAGCCCUGAAGCGCGGGCAGAGGAGGAGGAGGUGGUGGGGGAGGAGGUGGAGGAAGGGGAGGAGGACGAGGAGGAGUGGGAGGAUGGGGAGGAGGGAGAGGAGGGUGAGAAUGAGGAGUUGUGUUUGAAAGCAGGAGGGGAGAGUGAGGUGGGGAUGCUGGCUGCGGAAGUUUCCAAGAAGCUGGGUGAGCUGGUGGAGGCAGCAAGGAAGCUUCGGGGAAAGAUGCAGGGAUUCGCUCCUGUUGAGGAUGCGAUUUCCCGUGUCUUCGAUCUUGUUACACGUGUUGCUGAAGUGGCGCUAGCAGACGAGCCUGCCGCCCUGCUGUGGCUCCACGCGGUGGGCGGUGCAGUCAGUGAUGAGCUGGCGCCAGGAAUCUUCCUCGCUACUUCGUUAUCUGCCUCGCCACUGAUGCUUUUAGUUAAGUUCCACGACUUGAGUGUGAUUAUAGAUGGAGGGACGAAAGCGGUGUGGAAGCAGGCUGUAAAGAGGUUGCCGAAGGCGCUUGUAGAGAGGAUGAAUGAGGAGGGGAGGAGGGAGGUGAGGGGGAUGGAGGAGGCAUUGGAGGGAGGGAAGGUGAGGGUAGGAAUGAGUGAGGGGGUGAGUGAGGGAGUGCGGAAAGCACAGGAGGGAUUGCUGGCGCUUGUGCUGGCUCUGGGAGGGGUGAGUGAAGGAGGGGAGGGAGGAGAGAAGGGAUCAUUGAAGCUUAAGGGAAGUGAUGGCGCUGGAAAGAUGCAGCAUCAGAAAGCAGCACCUGAGAUUUCACCUGAAGCUGUGGAGUCUCCUGUGGAUGGUGAUUCUGAGGCGCCUCCAGCUGCAGAGGCCGGGCAGAAGAAAGUUUUGUUUUCUAUUGACGGCAGCGAACUGGAUGAGAACACCAAAGCGGCCAAUCAGCUGAAGAGAGAACUGAUGAGCCUCUGCGAAAAGGGCAGCCGGAAAACUUUCGAGCUGCCUGGGAGCAUGUCGAGCACCGUCAUCGAGGUUUUCCGGGCAGUUGGGUUCGAGUACAACCUGCCAGACGUGCACGGGCAGGUGAAGAAAGAAGCGCGUCUGAAAGGGGAGGCAAAGGCGCUUCAGUGGAGAGGAAAGGAAAGGAAGGAGGGAAAGGAAGGGAAGGAGGAAGGAGAGGUUGACUUGGAGGGGGAGAUUUGCCAGCUGCAGGCUCUUAAGAAAGGGCUUGAUCUGGACUUGCAGCAACUGGAUGUUAAACCCAGUGUGCUCAACAAGCUCGUGGAAGGUUCCUCGGUGUCGAGCGUGGCGGAUGGCAUGAUUGCUGUGCUGCAGGCAUGCAGCCGUGCACUCCAUGCCGGUGCACUCGAUGCCGCCAAUGCAGUGCCUGCACGUCCCACCUGUGUGGUGUUCUCUCGAGACGACGUUCUCUCGGCCCUCCCUGGGGGUCUAGAAGGCUGCUCGGGUCGUGUCGAUGCCUCCAUGCGGUUACCAACCAACUCCGCUGAAGCUGUUCCACUACAGGAUGUGACUGUAGAGGUGCUGGAUCAAAACAGCAAGGCCAACCCCAUGCUACAGCUGAUAAAGGAGGCUGAAACCCUCUCCUCCCUCUCUCACCCCCACAUCAUUCCUCUCCUCGGCUACUCACUCGAAUCCCCCUGUCUGGUUUACCCCCGGAUGCCUCCCCUCUCGCUCGCGGAUCACCUGCCGUAUGGUAACCACGUGGCACGGUUACCGCCUCUGCCGUGGUUCGUCCGGGUGAGGAUUGCUUAUGAGGUGUCUGCCGCGCUGCUGUUCCUGCACCAGCAGCAGCCACACCCGGUGCUGCAUCGGGAUCUUCGGCCGGCAAACAUUGUCCUGUUCUGGGAAGAGACGGGCAGGGAGGAGGAAGAGAGGGGGGGCAAUCAAAUGGGUGAGGGGGGCUUGCAGGAGGUCAGUGGUGAUGGAAUGUCUCGAAGGGCCCCUUUUUGGUGGCCCAGCUUUCAGAGGGAGGAUGGGGCAAAGGCAGCAGUCCCUGCAGCACCAGCAGAGGUCUCCGGUUCGAAUCCUGCUGGGCGCAGAUUGGUGAGCAAGCUGGCUCGCGUUGGCUUCUCAGCUCUGAGCCAAAAUCCGAGGACUGGGAGGGCGAGAGUGGAGGAUGUGGUGUUUUUGGAUCCGGAAUAUCCUAGAACUGAGGAGCUGGUCCCGUCUUCUGACGUGUAUGCGCUGGGAGUGGUGCUCAUGCAGUUGCUGACUGGACGCAACGCCACGUCAGCGCUGAGCGUGGUGACUGGAGUGGUGGAAGGGAACAAGGAGCUGGAGGAAGUUUUGGAUGAGGGGGCUGGUGGAUGGCCUGCUGAUGUGGCGAAGGAGGUGGCUGAGCUGGCAGCAAAGUGCACGGAUAUGAGGAGGUGCAAGAGACCCGGUUUGGUUGGUGAAGUGGUGCCUGUGCUGGCAAAGAUGCAUGCUCUGGCUGUGGAGGUUGAGAACAAAUAG